AUGUUGUUCGAAGCAAGAGAACAACAACAAACAGUCAAGGAUCGAUUGAAAUGGAAGAAGCGGGUGUCAAUGUUUGAUGAGGCGAAAGAAACAACAUCCAGAAAAGAUAUCGUUUCCAUAAUGAUUCUGAUAUCAGUUACCGUUACCAUCCUGUUGACUGUCCUUCUGCUAUUUGGAAAAUUUCAUGUUUUACUUUUUCUGAUUACAAUAUUCAUUGGUUAUAAAUUGAAUGGUUAUUACAUAUCAUCAUUGAACAAUUCGCAAAAAUUAUUAUCGUUUUGGCCAAGUUUGAUCAUGUCUCUCAGUACUAAACAGAGUGCUAAAGACGAAUUAGAACUCAAACAAAGUUCAGAAUGUCAAUAUCUUCAAAAAAAUCCAUGGAUAUCAUUAAAUAUAUCAAAACGUAUCGAUAGUGCCAUUGAAGAGUUUUGUUGUUUAAUUCUUCGGGAUCAUGUUUAUCCUUGGUAUUUAACAAUUACACACGAUGAUACACUAGUUUUAGAAGCAAAAUAUGUUUUUCGUUAUUUGUUAGCAACAGUUAUACGACGAUUUAAAAAUAUUGAUAUUCAGAGUUUUGUAUUACGUCGUUUAUUUCCUCUAUUAUUAAAAACCUAUGAACGUUAUAUUAGUGUUCGUAAACAACAAAUGAAUAUCAAUAAUGAUCAAGAACCACUAUCCUCAUCUUUAUUACUUCAAAAAGUAUUUGGUAUUGAUUUACAUCCAUCAAUGUAUAAUCGAAAAAUGGAAUUAAAUUAUCUUAAAAAAUUAUUUCUCGAUUUAAUGCCUAUUAUAACACCAAAAUAUAUUUAUGAAUGUAAAGGAGCAAGACAUUUUUUACGAGAAUUAGUUGUUUGUCAAAUAUUAAUUGAUGGUGUUGAUAUGUUUUGUGAUCCAAAAUUGAUCAAUCGUUUGUUUUAUUUAUAUUUUGAAACAAAAAGACGAACAUCUUUAACAGUUCGUGAUUAUAAUUCAGAAAAUAAUCAAUUUUUAUCUAAUAAUGAUGGAGAAAAAGAACAAGAAAAUUAUGUUGAAUUAUUAGCUCAUUUUUGUUCAAUGAAUGGUCCUAUUCAUAAAAAUCAAUUAUCAUUAGAAUUAACAGAUGUUUUAUAUGAGAAAGAAUUAAUGAGUCAAUUUAGCCGUGUAUUAGAUCGUCAUUCAUCAAUUGGAUUAUUAAGUGUUUAUUUAACAUUGACUGAUGUACUCAAUGAUAUUCCAUUAGCUUCUGAUAUAUUAGUGAGAAAAAAAAUAUUUAGACGUUUAAAACAUAUCACCGAUAUAUAUUUGAAUCCAGAUAAUGGUGAUUCGUAUAUAUUUAUACCAAAAAUAAAUAAUAGUGAUACUGAAUCAGAAAAUAUCAAUGAAAAAUUAAUUAAAGAUAUUAAACAGUUAAUUUACAACGAUACAUUAGAUAGUACGAAUACAAUGAUGGAUAUUAAUGACGAUAAUGAUAAAGGCAAUUUGAUAGAUGAUGAGAAGAAAAUGUUAGGGUCAUCACAAACACAAUUGUCUCCGUUUGAUAUUCAAUACACUUUUACAUUGUUAUCACGUUUUCACUGUAAAAUUUAUGAAUUAUUAGAAGAAAAAUAUCAACGAUGUUUUCUUAAAAGUGAUGAACAUUUCUUAUAUAUUUGUGGAAAACGAAUGGAUUCAUCUGAUUAUACAAAUACAGAUUUUGAUCAAAAACAAGAUGGUCCAAAAAGUCGAAAAGGUAGUAUAGCAAGACGAUAUACAACAACAUCGUAUGCAGAUAUGGAAGAAAAAGAUGAAUUUCAUUUAAAAUGUCCGGAGGAUACAACCAGCAUAGGAAGUAACAGUUCAUCUGAUGAAAAUAUAUUUCGUGAUUUGAGUUUAUGGCGAGUAAUUAUUCCUCGCGCAGAAGAAUGUCGAGAUAAUAAUACAUCAACAAAAUAUUGCAUAUUAAUUAUAGAAAUACAACGUUUAGAUACAAAUAAUGGCGAUAUCACCAUGACAAACGACGAUGAAAGUUCCCAUUGGAGUGUAACAAGACGUUAUCAAGAUUUUUAUUUAUUAGAAUCAAAAUUAAUUGAAUUUCAUGGAAUAUUUGACGAUGCUCGACUUCCUCCAAAACGUUCAUUUGUGACAAAAAAUAUGGAAUUUCUCGAAUCAGUUAAACAAGAUUUUGAACGAUUUUUAAGACAUUUAUUGACAAAACCAACAUUACGUAAUAGUGAAUUACUACAUACGUUUUUAACACAACCUGGUGAAUUUAAUCCUCCAAGUAGUGAAUUAAUCCUAUCUAAAGUGUUCAAAGUUGUUCCAAGAAAAUUACGAAUUGAGAAAGGUCAAUAUUUGGAUCCGUUUUUAAUUUCAUUACUAAAUUAUGUUGAACCAUCAAAACCAAAAUCGUCAGAAUUAGCACCAACGUUUUCGGAUUUGAUCGAAGAAAAGCUUAAAAAUCCUCUCUAUAACAAUAACGUUAAUAUUACUAAUCCAUGUGAAUUAUUACCAACUGACAAUUUAUCUGCUGCACAAAAAAAUCCAUUGCAAGAUGAUUUAGAUAGUGCUUAUGAAAAUUUAACUUUUAUUGUAGCCGAACUAUUUUCUGCAUCUCCAAAUUUAAUAGAUUUAUUAGAAAUUUUACGUUUACCCUUGAAAAAUACGUUUGAUACAUUUUUUACAAAUUAUAUCGAUCAAAAAGUCGACGAUUUACUAGCCGAUGAAGAAAAUAUUAUCGAUGUUAUUCACGCAUUGAGAGAUGCGUUAUUUCCCAAUGAGAAAACAGAUUUAAAUUCAACAAAUAUAAUUACUUUUGAUGAUGUUGUGACAGCUGCUGCUGAUUACCUUCCCAAUUAUUUAAAAUUUCUUAUUGGAAAAAAGAAUAUUCAACAUGGUAUUCAAUUAAUAUUUCAAUAUUUUCAAGAUCCAUUAUUAAAUAAACAACUUUUUUACAUGAUCUUGGAUGAAAUACUUUUAGAAUUAUUUCCUGAAUUACAAACACAGAUACAUAAACGAAUUUAA